AUGGCAUUCCGGUUCGCACAGCUCCAUAACUCGUCCAGCAGGAGGACCUACACUAUUGAGGACGCUUCAGUCGGCUUAGGCGCUGCAGGCCUCGACACCCAAGAUAGAGUCAUCAUUGCGCUCGACUUUGGAACGACAUACUCAGGUGUUGCAUACUGCUUUUGCAACGCUACCAGCAAGCCCGAUGUUCGGCCAGUCGUUGACUGGGUAGGACUUGAGGGCCGCACUCAGCCCAAAGUUCCCACUGCUAUUUUGUAUGACCCACAAGACAGUACAAAGUUCAAGUGGGGAGGGCAACUCACCUGGCGUGAUGAUCAUGUCCAAGGCGUCAAAUUGCUUCUAGACCCGAAGCAACCCAAACCAUCUUACCUUCCAUCGAGCAGUGCGAAGCGUGAGAAGAGGAGGCUUCCAAAAAAUGUCGUUGAUGUUGCAGCAGAUUUCAUGAAAGCUAUGUAUAGCCAUGCUUUGGAGAAGAUUGGUGUCCCGGCAGUUUGGUCUGACAAAGCCAAGGAAAGGACCAUUCAGGCAGCCAAAAAAGCAGGUGUUUAUCCCGUCACUCUUGUCAAAGAGCCUGAAGCUGCAGCUCUCUACACAUUCAUGACUCUAGAGCGAGCACUAAGCUCGGGUGACUGCUUCGUCGUCUGCGACGCGGGAGGUGGAACUGUUGACUUGAUCUCAUACGAAGUCGUCUCAACUGAGCCAACUCUUGAUCUUGCAGAACUAGUCCCUGGCAAAGCUGUUCGAGACCUAAUUGGAGACGAGGAAUGGUUUCGUCUGAAAAGUCUCGAUGCAUGGGCGCUUGCCGAACGCCAAUUUGACCAGGAGAUCAAGACAUCAUUCACGGGAGAUUUGGACGAUGAUUUCAUUGUCAAUUUCCCUGGUGCUCGGCUCGAAGAUAAUGUUGAUGAGGGCCUGGAGAGAGAUUCUUGGUUCAUGUCUGGUAUUAAGGAGGAAAAGCCAGACAACUCUAUCAAUGGGAUCUUUCUCGUCGGUGGAUUUGGUUCCAGUCAAUACCUCAAGAGCCGAAUUGAGAAUGAGAACCCAGAUAUACAAGUCAUUCAACCUGAUGAUGCAUGGGCGGCUAUUGUGAAAGGAGCAGCACUCAGCCGGCUUUCGUAUACGAACGUCAUAUCAACCAAGGCUACCCGUCACUACGGAGUGAGUGCUUGGUCCCUCUACGAGCCCGCAAUCGAUAAAGGUCGACCAACAUCUACCAGCCCCGUGACCGGCCGGCUCAGGACAGAGAGAAUGACAUGGUAUAUCGUCAUAGGCGAAACUCUGAGACGUGACCGUAAUGAACGAUAUGCAUUUCAUAGGCAUAUUCCAAAAUCUUACUCUGAGAAGGACCUUCGCUUUCGAGAUGAACUGUGGAUGUCGGAAACUCAGCUACAGCCUCAGCAUCCUACCGGAGAUGUCAAGUUGAACUGCAUUCUAAAGAGCGAUUUGAGUGAGGUGGAUAAGUCGCGGUUCAAGGAGGUUAUUGGUAUUGAUGGGCGGGAAUGGCUGAAGGUUACCUAUGAUCUUGUUAUCUCUACAAGGGAGGCUGCGAUGAAGUUCUGGUUGGAGUUUGAUGGCAAGGAAGCAGGGUCGAUCCUCGCGACGUAUGCAUAGUUGGUACACAUUAGCUGUUUGACAAUCUGAUUUCAAGAAUUC